AUGGAAAGUGACAGCUUACCAUUGUCAAUAGCUAAUUGUAGUGGUACAAUGAAUAGUACAUUAAUGAAUUGGACAACGACUACAAUGAUAUCCACUUUUUUGAAGCAUGAUCUUCUUAUUGACUUGUAUUCUGUGAGUUAUCUGUGGUAUUCACCGAUCGCAGUCGGUACCGUUGUGCUCGUCGGUAUGAUUGUUUCCUAUUUAACUCAUCCACUUCAAGCACAUGAGAUCGAUCCGAAAUUGAUUGUACUAGUGAGUGAUGUCUGCUGCUGUUUUUUACCUAAACGAUGGCAUGAAUGGCUUCAAUGUGGUAUCGAUUAUGAAACCUAUCGAAAGAGACAGAAUGAUAACAAUGAAUUAGAAAUGGUGACUAAUGAUACGCAACGUUCUGGUCGUGAAAGUCCUAUUGUACCGCUGCUCGAUACCAACUCGAAUGUAUUUGUCACAGGCAGAAUUAAACUUCAGGCAAAAUUGAUUUCGCCAACACACCCGAACAAGAAUUGUAAUUUUGACUAG